AUGGAUGGAGAGAGGGUAAUAAGAGAGAGACGCUUUCACCUGGGAAGCGAUAAGGCCCACACGGUAUACGAGGGCGAAAUCGUUGGGAUGAUACUGGCGGUGCAGUUGAUAAAGGAGGAGCUUAAGGCGAGGGGAGGCAGACCACGCACCAUGGCCCUUGGGGUCGACAACCAAGCGGCUAUAAGAUCCACCACCGCCUUCCAAUCGAAACUGAGACACUACCUCGUCGACAAGUUCCACGACGACCUGCGCAAAACCCUCCAGAACGCCAAUUGCAAUAAACUCACUAUAAGGUGGUCAGCAGGACACAUAGGCAUACCGGGUAAUGAAGCGGCAGACGGGCAUGCCAAAAGAGCCGCCAGGGGAGAAUCUUCGGAAGCCAACAAACUACCCCGCUCUCUC